CCUCCCAGAAAAAAUAGCCGUUGAUUUUCGAUUAACAAUAGUUAUGGCAAUCAGGUUGAAGCUCUCUCAUUUUGCUGUUUCUCCAAGAAUCUGGUAUGUGUCCUUUUCACGGCUCUAUUCCAAUGGAUCUUCACAUGACUCUUCAGGAUCUAUCAGAAGUGCUGGAGGAGCGUUCGGAAAGAAAGAAAAGGCUGUUGAAGAUCAAUAUUUUCAUAAUCUUGAAAUUGCUCAGCUGAAUAAGAUUAAGGAAGAGCGUGCACAACAUUAUGAGGAAGAAAUCGAUUCUCACGAGGAAGCCAUUGAUGACUUGGAAGAUCAAAUAAGACGGCACAAAGAAAAAAUAAGGAGGCACAAGAAAAAGUUAAGAGAUAGUAGCAACGAAGACAGUGAUUAGAGAGAGUAAAUUAAAGUUAUAGUGACAAUUAAUGUAGGUUAGUAUUUUGAUUAUUGGCGAGGUUGAGAUUGUAUUCUUGUAUUGUUAGGCUAGGUGUAGGCUCACGUGCAACAGCUGAGCCAGCUCAAAAUUAUUAUUGACAAUGCAAA